AACAAGAAUCGACAUGAUUCAACUUUCUCCCAUCCAACUAUCUUUUUCCACCUUCCCUUAGAUUCGCUCGCCCACUGUUCCCCCAUCCUUCAUCUCCCUUCUCCUCCCCCCCCUCCCUCCUCUGCUGAGCGCCAUUGUGUGCUCGGGUGCCCACCCUCGUUUCCCCAUCGUAGUCCAUCCAUCGAGCGAUAGCGACCAUGCUCGCUCGACAAUGCCUCCGCAGUAGGCCGGCUACGGCGUCAUUGCGGCGAUGCUGUGAAUAUUCGACCACGAGCUCGCUGCCGAGGAGCUCUUUCACGGUAUUGAGGAGCGCGUCGUCGCUGUCGUCGCUGUCGUCGACGUCGAGAAGUCCAUUGAGCGCGCCAACGUUUCGUUCAUCGCGGAAAGAUGGGGUUUCCUUCCCUUCAUACGUCCAGAUGAGGGGAUACGCCGAGAAGGUUGUUAAGGUUCCGGAGAUGGCGGAGUCGAUCACGGAGGGAACCUUGAAGCAAUUCUCGAAACAGAUUGGCGACUAUGUCGAGUUGGAUGAGGAGAUCGCGACGAUCGAGACCGACAAGAUCGACGUCUCCGUCAACGCUCCCGAAGCCGGUACCAUCAAGAAAUUCCUCGUCAACGAAGAAGACACCGUCACCGUCGGCCAAGACCUCCUCUUGCUGGACGCCGGCGGCGAGAAACCCCAGGAGGACCCGAAGAAAGAAGAAGCCCCCGCCGCACCCAAAGCACCCGAGGAACCGCCAAAACCCAAGGAAGAGCCCACGCCCGCGCCACCCAAGGAAGAGCCCACGCCCGCGCCACCGAAAGAGGAGACCAAGCAACCCUCCCCUCCUCCCCCUCCCCCACAACAAGCGAAGCCCACCCCCCCUCCGCAACCCAAACCGAAGCAAGAACCUAAGAAACCUGAACCCUCCAAAGCCGCUCCCGGCUUCGGCAACCGCGAAGAGCGCCGCGUCAAAAUGAACCGCAUGCGCCUCCGCAUCGCCGAGCGCCUUAAGCAAUCGCAGAACACCGCCGCCUCGCUCACCACGUUCAACGAAGUCGACAUGUCCUCGCUCAUGGAGCUCCGCAAGCUCUACAAGGACGACGUCCUCAAGCGCACCGGCGUCAAGCUCGGUUUCAUGUCCGCCUUCACCCGCGCCUGCAUCCUCGCCAUGAAGGACCUCCCCGCCGUCAACGCCUCCAUCGAGGGGCCCAGCGGCGGCGACACCAUCGUCUACCGCGACUACGUCGACGUCAGCGUCGCCGUCGCCACCGAGAAGGGGCUGGUGACGCCCGUCGUGCGGAACGUGGAGGAGAUGGACCUCGUGGGCAUCGAGAAGGCCAUCGCGGACCUGGGGCGCAAGGCGCGCGACAACAAGCUGACCAUCGAGGAUAUGGCGGGCGGCACGUUCACGAUCAGCAACGGCGGGGUGUUCGGGUCGUUGAUGGGGACGCCGAUUAUUAAUCUGCCGCAGACGGCGGUGUUGGGGUUGCAUGCGAUCAAGGAGAAGCCGGUGGCGAUCAAUGGGAAGGUGGAGAUCCGACCGAUGAUGUACCUCGCCCUCACUUACGACCACCGACUCCUCGACGGCCGAGAAGCCGUCACCUUCCUCGUCAAGGUCAAGGAAUACAUUGAGGACCCCCGACGGAUGUUGAUCGCAUAAUUGUACUCCUCGCAUCUGGUUUCCCGUCUUGUAUAUUGAUUAUUGACCCGUGCGAGCUUGGGGAUCUGCCGCGACCGCUCGCAUA